AUGACAAUGAGAAGCGCUUUUUUAUGUAUUUUUUUUAACUUGAUCGUUUUGUAUCAAGUAACAGCCAAACAUGACCGUUUAGCGAAACAUCGCGUCAGUAAAUUUAAGGCGUUGCACAAGAUUCUGUUCCGUGUAAACCAUCAUCGCCACAAACCCACCGGCAGGACCUUACAGCACGGUAAGCGCCUUCAUAACACUCAUUGUUUCGCUACUUUCCUGUGGAUAUGGAAGGUCUAUUUAUUCCUCUUUUCCACUUAAAAUCAUAAUCUUGUAAUUACGUUUUAUUGACUUUGAGUGAACGAAUUAAAAAGAACAGUGAGUGUGUUUGUCGACUCACUGCCCUUACUUAAUGGCUUGACGCACAAGCAACUCUAGGUUCCACGAACUAUAUUGUCAUACAAUUUAUGUGUCGUGGAGUUGUGUGGUCGUAUUUUAGCAUAAAAUGAUAAUAAAGCCAUAACGAGUUAUACUAAUGACGGAAAUGCAUUAAGAUCUGAAAUUUGUCCGUAGUUUAGAAAAUCCUCUUUUAAAAUUUCAUAUGCUUUCGUCUUUAGGUACCAAUCUAUUUCGAGUCUUCCAAAAGGGAGAGAGCAUAUAAUGUUCUGGGGGAAAGAUUUGCAUAAAGGGGUAUAGUUAACUCCCUCUAAGGUGGGUGCCGUCGAAGACAAGCAGCAUGUCUUAGCGAGGUGUCCUACUUAUAGAGAGUCAAGAGAAUGAUUGAAGGACCGGCAAGAACUAACACUAAGUGUCCUCCUUAGUGUCCGUUUGAAGAGACACUACGGUCCUGUAAACAAAUGUCACUCUUGCUUUCGUGACUCUCUUGUAACGAUUGCUUUAGAGUGUCUAAUAAUUUGCCUUAUCUUACAGAGCCCUCGAGAUUCCUACAUUCAGGAAAACAUUUUAGUCACCUAUUGAAAGCAUUGUCUAAGCGCAAGAAAAAGUUGAGGAAUGCCAAAGGUUCAGCCAAGGCGGUUAUAGUCAAAGUGAAUGGAAAAAAUGUUUACUCCAGCUUUGGCGGAGUUCUGAAUACCACAAACCCGCCAACACCCUCACCAUUUCCAAGGACAACUCCUGCGCCACAAACGCACAACAUUAACCUUCAUAUCAAUGUGACAAAAUCGAAUCCCCCAGAAAAGGAGCCGAGUCGACCUGUCAUCAUAGCGGCACCUCAACCACAGCCCCAGCCUCAGCCAAUCGUGGCAGUGGUACCCCAGGCAACCCAACCUGCACAGGUUCAAGCUCAAGCUCAAAUAGUGCCUCAAAUACUGCCUAUUGUAACACCGGCUCCAGCUACGUCAGCACCGGAGAAAAAGGAAUCAAGCCUAAAUAAGUUACUGCUAACGGCGGCAUUAUUGAAAGGACUAGGUGGAGACUCGACUGAAGGGAAUUCACAAGCUUUUCCCUCCCUGUUAACAAACCUUAUACCACCGUAUAAUUCUCCCCUCAGUUCAUUGCUUCCCGGAAAUGCUGGGUCAUCGUUAACUGCUCCUCUGACUGGGUAUCCUCAACUUGGGGUUCCCCAAGUUGGGACCCCCCUGGGGUAUCCUGCGCUAGGUAAUGUACCCCUGGGGUACCCGGCGAAUAGCGGACCACUUGGAGGUCUCAAUCUAGCGACCGCAGCAGCUCUUAAUAAUUUAAACAUGGGGUAUCCUAGGGGUGGAGGAAAUAGAAACUUUGGAUACCCAGCUAUUGGGAGACCUAACAUGGGAUACCCCGCCGGCGGGCAACUGAAUAUGGGAUAUCCAGCUAUUGGUAACCGAAAUAUGGGAUAUCCCGCCGGUGGUAGAUUUGGUUAUCCAGCUGGUGGAAAUCAAAAUGCCGGGCCUCUAGGAGCUAGCAAUCAAAAUAUGGGCUAUCCUGCAGCCGGAAAUUCAAAUAUGGGAUACCCUGCUGGUGGAAAUCAAAACUUGGGGUAUCCGGCGGGUGGUAACAGUAACAUGGGAUACCCUUCUAUGGGCAACAAUAACAUGGGAUAUCCGGGUGGAGGCAGCAACAACAACUUGGGUUAUCCCGCCGGUGGGAAUGAAAACAUGGGAUAUCCUGCUGGCGGGAAUGAAAACAUGGGUUAUCCUGCCGGUGGUAAUGAAAAUAUGGGAUAUCCUGCCGGUGGUAAUGAAAAUAUGGGAUAUCCUGCUGGUGGAAAUGAAAAUAUGGGAUAUCCUGCCGGUGGUAAUGAAAACAUGGGGUAUCCCGCGCCUGGGGAAUUUCUUAAUUUGCCACCCACACCGUCUACAAACACUGGCGUAUCACCCGGAGGAAAUACUGCGGCUCCUUUACCAAGUCUUGUUCCCGGGGGAGGCCCGUCCGUUGUGACCCCGCCGCCGGGCGGUUAUCUUGGUGCAAGUCAGGGCCAAGGUACAGCAGCGCCAAUUCCCCCAAUUGGUGCAAGUCAACCAGGUAACCCGAGUCAACCAGCUGGGGCAAGUCCACCAGCCUCUCCGGUUCCACCAGCUGGCAGCUACGUUGCUCCGGCAACAAAUGCUGCGAGUUCGUGUUGGUGUGGUUGUGACGCUACUUGCUCUAAUACUUGCAACCUUUGCAAUUCAAGUCCCACUGGCAACUAUGAAAACAUUUCUGGUGUAUUGCAGCCCACCAAUACUGGCUGAGACAGAUUUAAGAGUAACACACAAAAAGGCUUCAAGCAAAGGAACUUCGUCCUUACCAAUACUGGCAUUACUGAGACUGGACAUAUUUUCUAGUUUGAAUUCAUUCUUUAAAAGUAGCUUUAGAAUCCCUUUUAGAUCAAACGCCAAAUGUCGAAGUCAAGUAGACCUCUCUCAGUUUCUCACAAGAUUAGGAGAUAAAACCAUAAAUAAUUUUUAUGGAUGACCCUGACAUGAAACUACACAUUUCUGUGUAAAUAUGAUGAUAAACAGCAAAGCAGAGGUAGAAUUUUGUCACGUGGUACAAAUUUUAGUUUGCCGUUAACGUGAUUCUAAGUGCCUCUACUGUAACUUGUGUCAUGGCAACACUUUGCAACCGUAUCUUAUAACGUUCUUAACUUUUCUAAAUAUGUAUCAAACAUAACAAAUUGGUUUUUAUUGAAAUUUUUUACUGUAGCGGGUUUACCAAUGGAUAUGUAGUUCACGAGCGAUGCUACUUUGUAACUAGCUACUGGCAACUGGCAAGACUUUGCAGUUAGGUCCGACAGUCGAUGGAUCGGCCCUAUGCGUCAGAGUAUUUCUGCUUUGUAAUUUAAUUUAAUUUAAUCCUUGGUACGAACUUUUUUACUGGUAAACGUAGUGAUGUUAAAUGGUGACAAAACGCUGUGUCGAAUGCUUGAUAUUACUUCUCAAGCAAAAUGAUUUUAGAAGGAGAAAUUAAGGAUGCAAAGAUGAGCAGUUUUUCAUCUGAUUUCCAAAUACUCGUUAAACAUUAAUUUCAUUUGUAUUUUCUUUAUGAAUUACUGAUAUUAAUAAGUUUGAGAAGAUUAAAGGAGAAUUAAAUUUGCAACAAGGAUUAACUGCACCAGAGUAUAUUCUGUCAAUAUCUUUCAUGUGUAAAGCCAAAAUGGCUAAUUAAUGGACACAUUCUCUUUAAUGUUUGCAUUUUUCAGGAUGUAUUCAGGUUGUGUCCAUAACAACUACUCAUUUAGGCCUCGCAAGCUUUGCCUAAAGUAAAAGACUAAUCACAAGCAGUUAAGAUGAAACUACAGUAUUCUCUUCGAGUCUUUUUAAGUCUGAGAUUUGUUAUUUCGCACCUGCGCCCCUCCCGUCAUACAUUUGCAUUAUCAUAACAAACACAGUGACGUUUCAUUCAGGGGCACAUGGAGGUAGUUUUGUCUUUCUGAGUCUUGUGAGUCACCGUAAGAGCCCUUAAUAUCGAAUGGGUGAGGACGUUUUAAUAGUCUCCCAGUCAUUAAAACGCAACCUCGGCAAUUGUAAAUAUAAAUUGAAAAGGGUUUUAAGACUACAUAGCGUACAUUUAGUUUGAAAUAGCCAUGUACAUAGUACUAAUGCCUAAUUCGCCAACUAGGGGACAGUCGCCUUUCUGAUGAUUCCACCAGGAGAUAAUCUUUGUCCAAAGGGUUUUCGGUAUUCACUAAGCCGCGUACUCGACUGAGUGGUCUGUAAUCAUUGAAAACCAAUGAAAAGUAUCCUUGAUCAACAGUAUUCCCAUAGAAGUUGUCUUUUGCGCAACCUAAUGUCGGUUUGUUCUUGGCCCGUGUUGAUACAUAAUAUCAUGAAAAACACUCACUCAAUUGGUCAUAGCUCUUUUUAUGUAGUAAUAACUAUGUAGUCUGUUAAGGGACUAAAAGUCUAAAAGUGACGCUUUCAAAACUGCUGCAUGGAACAAAGGGAAAGGGGUUGGAAGUUAAUAAGGGGGAACACUCAGCCAAUAAACAACUGACCUCUAGUAAACAUUAUUCGAGUAUCACAUUGAUAUCCAACCAGGUAUUUAAAAACAGCAAAAAUAUAAUGAUAAUGUAGUCAUCCCUUCACACAACUUUAACGUACGCCACGAAAAGUACACUCAUAAUUUUCUCUCAGUAUGCUCUAUCGCAAACCGCUGGUUAACUUCUCAGAGAAGUUUGAUGAGCAAGAUUGAAUGCUUAGGUUUCCCUCACUAAAUAAAUUACGGUUGAGGUCGUUGAGUAAUUAACCUAUCCAAAUGGGAUAAAGCGUUGUUAUUGUAGUUAAGGCAGUUUAGUAGAUUUUAGACCCUCUUAGUAGUAGGACUAUUAAUAUUUGCAAGAAGGGCUGAAAAACUUAAUUUCUUCGAAUAGUUGAACGUUUUAUGUUCCUUUUGUUUAUGACAGAUUGUGUCUUUGCGGUUUAAUUUGAAAGAAGUUAUCUUGGAAUUUCAUUUGCAUACUUACCUUUAACAACUCAGGCAUGACUCGAGAUUAGUCGAGAAUAGAGUAAAGGAACUAGUAAUUGAAAGUUUUUAUAAACGGUCGUUUAGUUCUAGUAUAGGAAGUUUAUAUGAAAAACUCUUUCAUCUUUCGAAGGUUUCCUUCCGUGAAAUUCAGUGACAGCUCCACCCAGUCGGCUCGCUAGAAUUUGCGGUUAACUGAGGAAAGUAAAGCAAAUAAAUCAUUACAGUACUCCCGACCAACAAUAAAAGUAUCCUGUUAUGCUUACAGGGGAGAACAUUCUUGACCAGUUGAGAUGGGAAAUGUUCCGUUUAAGUCUAUAAUUAGUUGGAUAUUCGAUUGUCCUCUCUGUAAUAAGUUUGGGCCAGGUAUUAAGAAAUGGUAACAGCCUUCCAGAAAUCGACCACAAACCGUGAGUGGUAGUAGGUUUGUGAUGCAUUAAAUGAAAGAAAAGGUUGUUAGAAUGUCAGGAUUGUCAGGCAAAGGGACACUUAAGCAAACUAUUGACAUUCAAAAAAAUCGGUUAGCCAACUUAAAUAACAAUACAAAACCGGCUGUCCUACUGGUGAUCAUAAAAGUUUUAUGCAAAUCUUUGAUGAAAGCAAACAUGGUAACUUAUAUUUUCUUGCCCAGUGAGGAAAUGAAAAGAAACAUAUGCCUCUAUGGACGACUUUCAACAUGAAAAAAAGGAUUUUUCUUCUCUUGUACACGCUGUGCGUGUAUUGGACGUCAGUCAUAGGGGUUCAUCUUGCUGAAGAUCGCCGAAUUCCAAGCUUAAGAUCGAGUGGUACGAAGCUUAGAAUACAUGAUCAAAGCUACUCUUCUAAUUCUAAAAGAAGAAAAGGUAAAGUCCUUUUAACCAAAAUGUGGUUAUUUUAAUGUUUAGGCCAGGAAUGGAAAUGAAAAUAACAAAAUUUUUCAUAUCAUGUCAUAUCCGUGUAAUUGUGUAAGUGAUAUGCCGGGGGACUUUGUUUGAUGAAGAAUCUAAAAGCAAUUGAUUGGCAGUUGUUUUGUAAUUGAUAGGCAUUUUACGCUUGAUAGCAGAUACACUUGUGAGACCGAAGAUGUAAUACUGAAGUUGUUUUGAUUAUCUCGAGAAAAAUCUACCACCGUUGUUGUUUACGAUCGAUCAUGAAGGCAGCCAUAUCAGUCACACGUUCACUGAAUUAUGAAUUAAUACAAUUUAUCCGGUUAGUUUUGUUAACAGUGCGUUUAGGUCAUGAUGCAUAUAUAUAAGUUUCUUGUAUCUGUAAACCAUAAUAAGUUGCUUUGGAAUAUCUGGAGAGAUUAAGUGUCCUGAAUUAAAUUGCUCUUUUAAAUCAGAAUUCCAUUCGGUGAUAAAGGGGCAAUGCAUUAUUUAAACAUCGCGAGGAAAUUCUACUAACAGUAGCGAACUGCUAAAUGAAAGGGGUGGUAUUCAUCAGCGGAUACUCUGCCCAAGGUUUUAUGCAAAAAUCAUAUACCCCUCUUGCAAUACUUCUCUUUUUUACGAUACGCUUUUUUCUUGGCUUUCUGACGUUUCUGUCAAACCUUUGCUCUGCAGAAGGCGGAUUGCUUAGCCCCUCGCGUGCGUGCGGUAACCAAGUGGAAAUCAGGAAAAUGGCGAUGCUAUGUUCAGCAGGGGGCUUGAAAACAAUGUCUUCGUCUUGUACUUCGAAAUAAAUCUAGAUUUAUCUUUCUGGUGUAGAUUAAAAAUAUGUUUUAUGAUGAAGAAUAAUUAGCCAAUAGUGGGUGUUAUACGACAGGCCUGGUGCUUAUCUCGCCUAGAGCUUUCCGAAUUCGUGGCAUUUUCUAGGCUGUUAUCUGUGGAAAAGCGGCCAGGAGAAGAAUGCUCGUUUUAGGGGAUCCUUGAUCCUGUCGGUUAUGGAACAUCACGAUUUUUUUCUUCUCUUAACGUUUUUUCUUCACUUACCAAGCAUUUUAUAAGAUCGUAAUUACGAUAUGCAGGGUUCGUAAUAAAUAACAUACACGCCAAACGAAAUCGAAGUUAUAUAUUUUAUGGGAAAUAGUUUCUUAUCAAUGAAACUACUAUGGGAAGUAAUCUGACUGAAAAAUUUAUCUUUCAGGGUCUUCCAAAUUGGCACUGCAUAGGCGAGGGCUUAAAACGUCCUUUUCAAAUAUUAAGAGAGCUUUCAUUCAACGCAGAAUACAGUUUAAAGGUGCACCAAAAGGCGUUAUCGUAAAUGUGAAUGGCCAAAAGAUUUACUCAACAGCAGGAGAUUCAGCAGUACCACAACUUAACCAGGGCUUCAUAACACCGAAUAAGGCCAUCAACCUCCACAUAAACCUUAAUAAGAAACCUUACGAAUCGUCAAGGCCUCAACGAAAGCAACAGCCGAUUAUUAUUGCCGCACCGAGACCUCAACCGCGACCGAUUGUGAUUGCUGUCCCUCGACCUCAGCCACCGAUGGUUUUGCCUGCUCCUGUUCCUCCUGCUAUCUUACCAGCACCUCUUACGCAGCCAGCACCCCUUCCGCAGCCGGCACCACUUCCGCAACCAGCACCACUUCCCCCUAUUUUCUUACCUCCACCUGUUCCACAGCCUGCUCCAGAACCAGUUAAGGAAGAAAACGAACUCGGAAAUAUCCUUCAAACGGUUGCUUUGUUGAAAACCCUGGGUAAAAAGGAAGAACCCCCAAAAGUCGUGACUGUGCCUGUGCCUGUUCCCGUGCAAUCGUUUCCAGCAGGAUACCAGACACCAGGUCAAAAUUACGGAUACCCUCCGGGUAGAGGUCCAAACCAGGGAUAUCCGGCCGGGGGAAAUCAAAACCAAGGAUACCCGGCCGGUGGACCUGGAACUCAAGGUUACCCUGCCGGCGGUGGUGGAAAUCAAAACCAAGGAUACCCUGCCGGUGGCGGUCAAAAUCAAGGAUAUCCGGCCGGUGGAGGUCCAGGAAGUAACAGUCCCCAGGGAUAUCCAGCUGGUACUUCAUUGGGAGCUCCUCCUACAGCUGGUAAUGGUCGCGUACCUGGGACUGGCAAUACAGGAACGGGAGGGGCUACGAAUCCUUUAGCAGCUUUAAAUGGUCUCGUACCUUUCCUUCUUGGCAUGAAUUGCCGUUGUGGCUGCGAGAGAAGAUGCCCAGAUUUAUGUGGGUUGUGUAAAGAUGUCGACGAGGAGAUUUAUGACUCAAUAGAAUGUUGUAAGACAGUGCCAUGUCCAUGCUCCAAUCCGGGUGCCUUUGGAGGGACGACACAACCAGCUCAACAAGGAACCGCAGUAGCAGUUCCCCAACAAGGAAUAGGUCUACCAGUGCCUCAAAAUCCGCAAGCAUCAACAAUACCAGCAGCAGUAUCGAACCCCGCGCAAGUGCAACCAGCUCCAGCUCCUCAGCCGUCCCAAGCCCCACCGUUAUCAUAUCCUCAAUCUCCAGGUUCCACCCAGGUAAACCCAGCUGUUCCAGCGCUACCUGCUUCAGCACCUCCACAAGCGCCUGCCUCAGCACCUCAGCCUCCUUCUGUUGCAGAACCUCCGCCUCUUCCUGGUACAUCACCCGCAGUUCCGACCCUUCCUCAACUCCCCCCUAUUCCACAGACGCUGCCAACGGCCCCGUUAACGGCCCCUGGUCAGUUACCCCCGGUUCCACCCAAGCCUGAGAUUACCCCUUCAGUCCCGGGAGGAAACACGCCAAAGCCACCAAAGCCCGAGGUAGCCCCACCUAAGUCGGAGGUAACGCCACUUAAACCAGAAGUAGCGCCAUCAAAGUCAGAGAAAACCCCUCCAAAGCCGGAGAUUCCACUUCCAUCUCUUCCAGGAUCUGAACCAGGAUCACCUUCUCCACCAAAGCCAGAAAUUGUUCCUCCAAAGACUAACCCAACAGAAGAGUCUCUACCUUCUAUUCCUCCCGGAACAAACGGACCCGGUGCUCCUGGAGAGCCGCUACCCCCACCACCAGAAAAUGAAGGUUCCAUCAAGAUCCCUCCUGUAGCUGUAUUGCCCGGAAAAAGCACUCGUAAGUGAUGUUCUUUGCUUUAAACUUUUACGCAGCUUUUCAGUAUAAUUCCAAGCGCAUGUGAAUCCCCUUUUGAAUGUGUUAUAUUCAAGGGUCUUUCUCUUUUCUUUGAGUCAUCUAUGAAAGUUAAUAUUCAAACCAAGAUAUGACUCAACGGGGAGGGAAAUUUCUCAUGUGUCCGUCGAAUUGGUCUUGGAAAAAACCGAAAUGCAUUUGAAAUGAAGCAUCAAUCCCAUAGUUAAAAUAUCUAUCAAGCAACAUGACUCGUUGCAUCCAAUAAUAGCUAACAUUUCUUUCAUAACAGGGGGCAAUUAUCUUGUAAGAUAACACUUUGAAUAACGUUGUUAAGCCAAAGGUAUCUCUCCUUAUUGCCUUUAGUGUCAGUUUGUGCAUGGGCUCCUGGUCUGAACGCAAUAGGUUAUGGGCACCAGCGAGAUUUGGUGAGCUUGCCCACGGAACGGAAAGGUUGUGGUAUUUGACAGGAGCUUCGCUUAUAGGGUCGGCUAAAUUUGUGUACCAUCAUGAGAAGCAGGGGUGCCAGGGAUUUCGAAGUCGAAUGGUUUCUGUGCCACACUGCUUCCUUCCUUCCCUAUGAUACGAUAAUAGCACGCGUUCGGUUGUUAGCAACUUUUUAUUCAUACGUUUCUUAACCCUAUAUCAGCGGUCAUUCUUGCUAUAAACAACUCAACUGAUAACUAAAUAUUUUAUUCUCACAGCUGCACCAUCGCUGCCAUCAUUACCACUUCCGAAGCCAGUCUAUCCUGUUCCCCCUCCGGCUCCUCAGGUAUUUAUCAUAAAGGAAAAUAACGAAUCUCCAAAAGACCAGGAAGACAGUAAGAGUGCCGAAGCUCUCGAUAACUUAAGCAAAACGUUUGAGGAUGCGUUCACAGAGGCUUAUAAGUCCGAGGAAAGGAAAGGUAGAUAUAGGCAUCAACCUCGAAAUGGACGUUUUAGGCAAAGGCUACAAGAGCAAGACAGUUUUGAUAAUGACUCUGAAGAACCUCCUAGGAAUGGCUUUAGGCAUAGAUUACACGAUCAAGAUGAUCCGAGUUUAGAUUUAGAGCAAGAAGUAAUCAAGGAUAUUGAGAAAGAGGAAGGCGAGGAGAGAAUGCAAUCAAGUGUCGGCUCACGGAGAGAAAUUGCGAGACAAAAUUCAACCAACAAUAGUGAAGACGAUGAAGAUUACAACAAUAACAACGAUGACGACCUCAGUGAUAAUGGCGACGACAGGGGUGAUAGUAAUGGGUAUGAUGAUCGUAGCCAUGGUGAUAAUCACAAAGCCGACGAGGAGGAUGAUAGUGAGGAUGAUGAUGAUGAUGAUGAUGACAGGAGGCACAAUAAUGAUAACCGUAACGAUGACGAUGAUCGUGCAAAUAUGGGCAUAAGUCUGGAUACUGAGCCGUCAUCUGAUGCAGACGAACCUCGUCAUUCUCAUUCUCACCCUGACAAGAAAUAUGAUGAUUAUAGGCCAGGAGACAUAAAGAGACGGCGAAUAAGAAAAAAGAAAAAGUAUACACGUUAUCAUGAUUAUAGAAGAGGCAAUCACCCUAAAGAAAGUCAAGAGCGGGAUAGACUUUCACUGGCAAAAUCCAAUAGUAUUCGCAAGCAUUUAAAGGUUCGAACACACACCAACUGGGACAAUCACAAGGCAGAGGCACAUAAACCGCCAAAAAAAUACUCUUACGCUGAAAAACAAAAGAAAAAUCCUAAGAAAACUACAUUGCGUGGCAAAAAAUAUCGCAAAUCCAAGAAAACAAGGGUGAAGAGCUUAAAGCAUCGGCUUAAAACCCAAUAUUAUCCAAAUAGAAACUCAGUGCGUGUUCGUUAUAAUAAAAGUAAGUUUGCUCAUUUACAGGAACGUGAUUCAGGAAAAAGCCGCCAUCGUCAUCAUACAGGGUACCCUGUUCAUUACCACAAACAACUUAAUCACCAUCAAAGCGGACACCAACAUAGGAAGAAAUACAAGCAACGUGGUACCCAAUACAAAAAACAUCAAAAUCAUCACAAUCAACAAUAUAAAAACAGUUAUUCUAACAGUGGAUCAUUAUUACCCGAGGAUGAGAUUUCAGAAUCUAGCACCUUCGAAGAAGGAAGUGCGAAUCAGGAUCAUGAAUCCUCUACAUCCUCAGGGUCCGAAGACCAAAAUACUCCUUCAGAUUACACUGAAGGCGACCGUCACAUUUCUGAUGUAAAAAGUGACGUUAACAAAGGCCUAAAAACUCUACUAAGUACUGUACAGUCGUUUAAGCAAUCAGCGCACCACAAAUUACGAAAAAAUACGAACUGGGGGAAUAUAGCGGAAAAAGAUAUCAAUGACUAUAGUUCUGGCGAAGAGUCAGGAGAAAACGAGGUCAGCGGUUUUGAGGGUAGCCAUUAUAACUAG